AUGUAUACCUGCAGGCUAAUCCGUAUGAGGCGAUGGCGUACCCGUGACAAACAAGAUGACUGGACUGGCGUCACAGCUGCGGUUGAAAGGAGGAAGCGACAAAAUCGACUCCACCAGAGAGCAUGGCGGAAACGCAAGCUUGCCCAGACUUCAGCAGGCAAUCCGUGCCCAGAGUGGCUCGAACAUACCACUCAUCAACCCAUACAAAUUGCCAACCUUCGACCGAUGAUAGAGAUGCCCCUCGUCUUCCCCCUUUCCUCAGACUACCAACUCAUCACCAUCAUCCAGUUCAACGUCCUCCGCGUCAUGAUAAUAAACAUGACCAUCCCGUCCGUCAUCCACUGCCUGCCGACAGCAUGCAGCGCCAUCUUACACCAAGGAACACUUCCGCCGGCCGCUGGCAGCAUUCCGCCGUCCCUGCAACCUACCCGAAUCCAGCGGGAAGUGCCACAUGAUCUGUGGAUCGACAUCGUCCCCAUUGCCCAACUGCGCGAUAAUUUGAUGAUGAACACUGGCAAGUUUGACACUGACGAUCUGUGUGAUGAUAUGAUCGGGGGCUUGUAUGAGGGGCACUAUGACGCGCAGGCGAGAGGAUUAAUUGUGUGGAGGGAUCCAUGGGAUGAGAGUGGGUGGGAGAUCAGUGACGGGUUUGCAGAGAAAUGGGACUUUCUUCUCAAGGGUUGUGAGGUUGCUGUCGUGGCGACGAAUCAGUGGAGGACGGCGAGGGGUGAGGAGCCCCUUGUGAUCGAAGUGUAA